ACCUCGUCUGACGCUGUCCCCAACGUCAGGAGCUGAACACCAGUUUAGUCUGUUGCAUGCAAAACAGAACAACGGCGGAGGCGGUAUUUUUCAACACUCCUUUCGCUCAUGCUGUUUCCAGCAUCUUCACUUUCCUGGCUAUAGUAGUUACGUCCUUUCAGAUCUAUAAGCACUUAAGAUAUUACACCAAGCCAAGUGAACAGAAGUGGAUUUUACGUAUUCUAUUUAUGGUUCCCAUCUACUCUGUGGAAUCAUGGCUGAGUCUCUUAUUUUACGAUUAUUACAUCUAUUUUGAUACAAUCAGGGACUGUUAUGAAGCAUUUGUUAUCUACAGUUUUCUCAGCUUGUGUUUUCAAUAUCUUGGUGGUGAAAUGGAAAUUAUGGAACACAUAGGAGGAAAACCAGUAGAGAGGAGUUGGUGGACUUGUACAUGUUGCUUUCCUCAGAUGCACUACACAAUGAGAUUUCUCACGUUCUGUAAACAGGCUACUCUUCAGUUUUGUUUCAUCAAGCCUGUUGUGGCAUGCAUUACAAUAAUUCUCAGGUCACUAGACAAGUAUGCAGAUGGAGACUGGAGACCUGAUCGUGGCUAUUUAUACGUGACUAUAAUAUACAAUAUUUCUAUUUCAUUGGCUCUCGCCGCUCUUUAUCUCUUCUACCAUGGUGUUAAAGAAAUACUGGGACCUUUUAAUCCUGUUCUGAAGUUCAUCAUUGUUAAGUCAAUUGUAUUUGUUCCUUUCUGGCAAAGUGUUGGUUUAGCUAUUGCUGAGGGAGUCGGUUUCAUUCACAAGGUGCAAGGUCAGAACAGGGAGAUCGAGUCUGGUGUUGUUGCUAUGGGUUACCAAAAUUUCUUGAUCACAAUUGAGAUGUUCUUUGGUGCCAUUUUGUUGUGUUUUGCCUUUCCACACAAAGUGUACUUGAAACUUCGAUGUGAUAGGCAAGGGCGAGGGAUCCCAUUGCAAAAGAUCUCAUCAAAACUUGCUGAAACGUUAAAUCCAAAAGACUAUUUAGAGGCAGCAGUGCAUAACUUUAUUCCUACUUAUCGAAAGUACACGAAACUUACAAAUGUGGCAGAUGAAGGUCAAGAGAAAAUGGCAAAUGGUGUUGUGACUAGUAAUGAUGUAGACAAUGAUGAAUGGGACAGUGUGAAUGAUGAGACAUCCUGCAUGUUGACAUCAGACAAUGAGGUGUGACAUGUUGUAAAUAUCAAAUAAUGUAUUAAUGAGUACAAAAUUAAUGCACAAUAGACAUCAGACAACUUGCUUUGUAACCCAGCAAUUUAGAAGAGUUUUUCUAUUGGUGC